CCGCCAUGGCCCGGGAUCCGGCCUUCGUGCUGCGCUACCUGGCCGAGGUGGAGGAGCUGGCCGAGGACGUGCUGGCGGCACGGCAGCAGAUCGUGGACCUGGACGUGAAGCGGAAUCGCAACCGCGAGGCCCUGCGGGCGCUGCAGAAGGACCCGGAGCCCGACGAGAAGGCCAUGGUGUGCUUCGGGGGCAUGUUCAUCGAGCUGCCGAAGGCGAAGACCCGGGAGAUGCUGCGCCAGGACCAGGAAGAGCUGGAUGAGGAGAUAAACAAGCUCCGGAAAGAGCUGCGGGUGAAGGUCAACCGGCUCUAUGAAGCUCAAGGUAAACCUGAGCUGAAGGGGUUUAACCUGAACCCCAUGUCUGCUGAGGAGAUGAAGCUCAUCAACCGCAUCCUGGAGGGCUGAGGUGGCCGUGCCAUUGUCACAGCGUGCUUGGCUGUCACUGGGGGCUCAUGUUUCAGUAACCACAGUCCCUGGGACUUGCAGGAUGUUGGUGUGUCCAGAGCCCACCCAGGUGAGGGCCCUGGGAAUGGUUUGGCUCCUCAGCUACAACUCUGCAGUUUCUUUGGACCACAAACUCUUUCCUGCUCUGUGCUGGACCUUGACACAGUGCUGGGUAAAAACCCCCAGCUGGGUUGGAAGUGGGAUCAUUAAAAUCACAGCAGUGGGACA